AUGGGCCUCAUUCCAGCCCGGAAAGCGGUGGCCGUCCAAAUCCGCAAAGGCCAAGCCAUCAAGAUCAUCAACACCCAUGGCAAGCAGGUGUGUGACUUCUGGGCCUUCAACCCCAAUGAUCCUCACGACUUUCUCUCCAUGGUCCAUACCCGGACCAUCCUUCUCGCCGUCUCCGUCAAAACGGGCGACAAAUUGUACAGCACCCGUCGCAAGCCUAUGGUGACGCUGGAGGAAGAUACGACCAAAGGAGUCCACGACAUCAUCUGGUCGGCGUGCGAUGUAAACCGAUACCGCAUGCAAGGUUUCCAAGGACAUCAUGACAAUUGCAGUGAGAACAUGCACACUGCCUUGAAAGAGACUUUCCCUGCUUUCAGCAUUGCCGAUGACUGGGUCCCCGACCCGUUCAACGUGUUCAUGAACGUGGCUAUCGAUCACCACGGUGGUCUGGACAUCAGGCCCCCGACUAGCGAGAAGGGUCAGUACGUCGUCCUGAGAGCCCAUGCGGAUUUGAUUCUGGUCAUAAGCUCUUGUCCUCAAGACUUGGAGCCGGUGAACGGCGGCCUGCCCACCGACUGCGAAUACGAAAUCCUCGACGAGACGAGUCCUAUCCCCGCUCCCGAGGCUUCGACAUCCCUCGUCACUCAGUCUGUUCCACGAGGACUUGCCCAGCCUCCUCGCCGUCGCGUGAAGGUGGCACUCUCCUUCGACUUCGAUGCCGUAUCUCACUGGCUAGGAACCGGCUGCCACCCUGAUAACAAUAUGGCCGAUUACAGUUCCGGUAUCUUCGCUGGUCGAGUCGGCGCAAUUCGUCUCCUCAACAUGCUGCAGAAAUUUGACAUCGCGAACAAAGUGACAUGGUUCAUCCCAGGACACACCAUGGAAACCUUCCCGUCGACCGUCCAGAAGGUUGUGGAAUCCGGAGCCGAGAUUGGAUUGCACGGGUACUCCCACGAGGGAAUUUACCAGAUGACCUUGGAACAAGAGCGAGACGUGCUCGAGAAGUGUAUCGAAGUCGCCACCAAACUCUGUGGCAAGAAACCCAGGGGAUACCGUGCGCCCAUGUACACCAUCCGCGAGACCACUGUGGAGCUACUCCGCAAACACGAGUUCCUGUACGACACAUCGCUCAUGCAUCAUGACUCGCAACUCUACUUCACGCCCAGCGACCCGCCCAUCAAGACCAUCGAUUUCUCCAAGGACGCUUCCUCAUGGCUGCACCCCACUCCGUUGGGAUCGGAGGCCUACCCCACCGGCCAGCAUCCCCUGGUUGAGAUCCCGUGCGGUUGGUACAACGAAGACAUGAUGCCUCUCCAGUACCUGCCUCACCUGGCAAACAGUAACGGCUACGUUAGCACGCGCGUCGUGGAGCAGAUGUGGAAGGACAAGUUCAUGUGGCUGUGGGAGAAUGGCAAGGAAGGCACCCAGUCCGCUGACUUCAUCUUCCCAAUCCUCAUGCAUCCCGACACCAGUGGAAUGGCGCACAUUAUCGGCAUGUCUGAGCGGGUAGUGACUUGGCUGAAGAGCUGGGGCGACAGUGUCGAGUUCUGCACUCACGAGGAAAUUGCUCGGGAGUGGCUCGCGGAGCAGAAGGCCAAGGUUGCUUAG